AUGCCCUUCCCAAUUUGGGGGUACUCCCCACCUACCCACCGUGGGAGCUGUAUGAUACUGGAUAUAGAACAAGUUUCUAAACAAUGUCAGAGAAUUAAAAAAUCUCAGAUUUGGAAAAACUGGUUGGCUGGUGGCUGGUGGCUGGCCAUCACCACAUCACUGGUCACCAGUCACUGUCUUGGGGUCUUCCGUGUCAUUUUCAACCUCACCGCCGCCCACACCCCUGGCCCUGCAAGCUUAUACGUCAACAGGAUCAUCUUCCGUCGCUCCAAGCACUUCCCAUGGCAGGAUCAAAACAAGCGUGUGGACACACCCAGCUUACCUGCACCUGUACCUUCUGCUUCCUCCACCUCCACCUGUCAAUUUUUUUGGCUGGAAGUAAUACCAUACAUCUUGGAGGGUGAACUCUCGAACAGUUGGCAAAAUCAGACUUGCAUUUGUUCAGUGGCUGCAAAUCUUGUCUAUCGAGGUAUUGAUAGACCAGAAUUCAAAAUGCUCUGCUCAGUGGUUUUCUUUACUUGUGGAGCCUCAGAUAAAAACUAUCAUAAAAUCCACCUCCAACCCAACAAAUCUGACAUGUCUGUCUCAACACUGAGGCAUGAAUCUACUGUCUCUGCCAAAUUUGGUGGAGAUCUUUGA